GCCGGGGAGCGACGUCACUUCUGGCGGCGCCGAAUGAAAUGGCGAGCGGCGGUGGCGGCGGCGGCGGCGCGGGGAAGAUGGCGGAUAAAGAGAAGAAGAAGAAGGAGAGCAUCUUGGACCUCUCCAAGUACAUCGACAAGACCAUCCGGGUGAAGUUCCAGGGCGGGCGGGAAGCAAGCGGUGUCUUGAAAGGAUUUGACCCUCUUCUGAACCUUGUGCUGGACGGUACCAUUGAGUAUAUGCGAGAUCCGGAUGAUCAAUUCAAAUUAACAGAAGACACACGUCAGCUGGGACUUGUGGUUUGCAGAGGGACUUCUGUGGUUCUGAUUUGUCCACAGGAUGGAAUGGAAGCUAUUCCAAACCCUUUCAUUCAGCAGCAAGAUGGCUAAUGCUUUCUUUGGAUUGUCUCUGAAAACCUCAGGGUUGCAAGUCAUUGGAGAAAGCUAUCAGGGUACAAGAAGYUUUUGGUUUUGGGGGGUGGGAGAAGGAGUUUGAAUGUGUAUUAGUUAGUGUAAGGAGAAAAGGCAACUGUUAUUUUUGUGGCUUUCAUAAAUGGUGAGAGGAUGGGGAAUGUAAGAAGUAUGUUCUUGUUUUCCUUCCACCCCCAAGUAAAUGAGUAACUAUGUUGUUUARAGCUGACAGGAGAGAGCAUAUUGUGACAAAUUAUCUGAGACCCUCUUGAUCUUGUGAGUUUUUGAAACAAUGUUAUAAAAUUAGUUAAGAAUGCCCUGAAUAUUGGUAAUAUUCUUUCCAUUUUUGAGAACAUUAAAAUGUAUUUAAUGGUAAUUAAUCUAAAUCCCAAAUAUAGCAGAACCUGUUUUUCUUCCUCUUAGAUGCCAGUACUCAGCUGGGAAGCAUUAUGUUAUAGCYUUCCUGCUCUUGAGUUCAGUCUCUUUUGUGCAGGAAAAUUACCUUCCUUGUAUAGUGUCAUCAACUUUACAAGAGUUGUAGCCAAGARGGUAAUUUCCAGCUUGUCCAGAUGUGGUGGGCUAAGAUCUGUGUUUCAGCAGGGUCACAUWUUUCURCAGAAGGACUGGUCUAACUUGUGGGAUUCUUGGUUGAGUGACUUGAACCAUAUGGAGGUAUCUAUUUGAUACUUGAAAUUUUAGGGGAAGAAUAUUUAAAAUCCUAAUGUUUGUUCAGUUGUAGGCAGUGUCUGGAAAUACUGCAUUUUUUUUAUACUGUAGYUAUCUACUUGUGGUUCUGCUGGCUAUAAAUUGAUUUGUAAGUAAACAUUUUUAUUUCUUUUAUACUGCAAAAAGUACAAGGUUUGAGGAGUUUUGAGUGAAUAAAGACAAAUUAAUCUGUU